UAUUUUCUGCGUAAUAGACGUGUUUCGAGGUCCGUUUACGCACGUUCCGUGAAGAUUUAUUUGGAAAUAAGCAAUUAAAUUAUUUCACGCGUGUAUCAGUUAUGAACUAAGUGACGGAAUAAAAUUAUAUAGACUUCCUUUAGAUCCUGGUUUGUUUAGGACUUUGUUGGUGAUUUCAAUUGCGAGUUAUUCCGCAAUAAUAUAACAAGCUGAGUAAUCUAAUAUAGGUUGUUACUAUCGACUGACGCGAAACACGGAUGAAGAACUAAAAAAAUGGACGGAACGCGACACAAAUCAAACGCCAGCUAAACCUUCCAGUGAUCUCGAUCUCAUAAUUAAUCAAAAUGCCGGCCAUACUGACCAAGAUACGGGAGCAAGCUUCGCGGGUGCAGCCGUCGAUCGCUGUCGGCGUCGGUGUAGGCGUGGCCUUAGCUGCGUGUGCGCUGUACGGCUCGAGGGAGAGGAAGCAAGCUCCUUGUAACAACAACAAUAAUAAUAAUUAUAAGGUAAAUCAACAUGCCGGCCAUACUGACGAAGAUACGGGAGCAAGCGUCGCGGGUGCAGCCCUCGAUCGCUGUCGGCGUCGGUGUAGGCGUGGCCUUAGCUGCGUGUGCGCUGUACGGCACGAGGGAGAGGAAGCAAGCUCCUUGUAACAACAACAAUAAUAAUAAUUAUAAGAUCGCAAAAAAUGGCGAAUUACAUUCAGUGCAGAAUGCGUCGAACGGACAAACGUGCGGCGGGCGCUGCGGCGCUGAGCAGUGCGCCCUCUGUCGGGGGGACGUCGAUACGGACAACAAACAGAAUAUUGAAGACGCGGAAGAACCCGCCCCAGAAGAAAAGCAUGUGCCCGGACUUAACCUAGAGUUCCUUCGUCAAAUGGUCUCACUGGCUAAAAUCAUGGUGCCAGGGUUCCGUAGCCAUGAAGUAGCCUUGCUGACUGGACACACGCUGUGCUUGUUCACGAGGACCCUCCUCUCCAUCUACGUGGCAGCUUUAGAGGGUUCUAUAAUGAAACACAUAGUCCAAAAGGACCUCAAGAAAUUUGCAGCCCUCCUCCUCCAAUGGUUCGGUAUCGCCAUCCCAGCGACUUUCAUCAACUCCAUGAUCAGAUACCUGGAGAGCAGACUAGCCCUGGCCUUCAGGACGAGACUGGUGAAUCACGCCUAUGACUUGUACUUCAAGAACCAGACAUACUAUAGGGUGGCUAAUUUGGAUGCUAGGAUUGAGAACGCUGAUCAUAGAUUAACAGAAGACGUGUCAGUAUUCACGCAGUCUGUGGCGCACCUGUACGGGUCGCUGACGAAGCCCUGCUUCGACCUGCUCCUCAUAGUGUUGACCCUGGCCAGCUAUUCUAGCAAGAUGAAGGGCAACAUCUUCAUUGGACCUGGCUUCGCAACAGUGGUCAUCUGCAUGACCGGUCAAGUACUACGGAUGCUGUCACCUCGCUUCGGGGCAUUGGCUGGAGAGGAAGCUCGCAUGAAGGCCAAUCUCCGACAUGUACAUGCGUCUAUUAUCGCUCAUGCUGAGGAGGUCGCGUUCUACGGUGGACACAAGGUGGAACUAGGCCAACUCCAAUCCGCCUACAAACAACUCGUCGCCCAAAUGACGGGCGUGUUCAACAAGAAGCUGUGGUACGUAAUGCUGGAGCAGUUCUGCAUGAAGUACGUGUGGAGCGGCACCGGCAUGGUCAUGCUGGCGCUGCCCAUCCUCACCGGAACUAAAGGAGACGGGUCGACGAGCGAAGGAAUCAGCGCACGAACAGAGUACAUGACCACUUCUAGACAUCUGCUGAAUUCAGCAGCGGACGCUAUUGAAAGACUUAUGUCCAGUUACAAGGAAGUAGUAACGCUGGCCGGCUACGCCGAACGCGUGUCCGACAUGUUGGACGUGUUCGGCGAGGUGGCUCGCGGGGAAUGCGUCCGACACGUCCACGUGUCCGCGUCCAAGGACAACCCUAACGCGUUCCAGAUCACAUUCAGGGACAAGCGUCCCGUGCCGCAAGGAAAAAUAUCCUACACUAAUGAUCUGUCAAUCCGACUUCGCAACGUACCCAUAGUCACGCCAGCUUGCGACGUCGUCGCAAGUGGCGUGUCCUUAGACAUUGCGCCAGGAACACAUCUGCUCAUAGUGGGACCUAACGGCUGUGGCAAGUCCAGCUUGUUCCGCAUCAUUUCCGGCCUGUGGCCCGUCCACGGGGGCUCCUUGGCCGUGCCCCGCCCCUGCGCCUGCGCUCACUGCUCAGACGACGCUCCUCCCACCGGCCACUGCUCGUCCAGACCUAUCAUGUUCUACAUCCCGCAGCGACCUUAUAUGUCAAUGGGCUCCCUAAUGGACCAAGUGACGUAUCCGACGCGCGUGUCGCCCGACGACCAGGAAGCGUUUGACCGCGCGACGCACAUCCUCAAGGUCGUGCGACUCGACGCAUGCGCGGCGCGGCAUGGCGGCCUCAAGGCCGUCUGUGAUUGGCGGGCCACGUUGAGUGGGGGGGAGAAGCAGAGGAUGGCUAUGGCUAGGAUGUUCUAUCACAGGCCUGUAUACGCGUUGCUUGACGAAUGCACGAGCGCUGUUUCCAUGGAAACUGAGGUCGUCAUGUAUGAAGAGGCGGUGAAGGAGGGCAUUACACUCCUCUCUAUCACACACAGGCCUAGCGUAUGGAAAUAUCACACGCACGUGCUGGAGUUCGACGGAGCUGGCAGCUGGUCUUUCCGGCCUCUAGAGAAAGACGCGCCCGCCAUCACCCCCUCCCUUCCCCCUCCCACUACGACACAGAGCGACAGUGAUUAGGUAAUAAAUAGAGGACAGAAACUAACCCUUUGAACGCCAAAGACAGAAUUACAGCGCAAUAUCAACCUUCGUGCAUUACGAUAAGGUUCACUAUGAAGCCGCAGAAUAGGCGUAGCGUCCAAAGGGGUAAAUGGUCAUCGUUUGACCAUAACAGAUUUAAUGUUCAUAGAGUUUAAUUCAAGACUUCUUAGAGAACAUAAAAUUGUGUAACAAAUUGUAUAAUAUUGACAGAACUAAAUGAAUUGCCAUUAGAUUUAACCAAGACUAAACAAUAGCAUUACCUAUUAUUAGUUUUUGAAUCUAUUUUAACUGGAAAUAUCCAAUAUGUAUGUUUUGUCUAAUUAAAAUUUUCUUUGACUUUAAGGUGCUUAACCAAAGCAAGUUUAUAUUUUCUUACAAGCCGCCCCGAUACGGGUUGUAAUUAUACAAAUAAACCUUCCUGAAGAAUCACUCUUAUUCUCUAAUAAUAUGAGAUAAUCUCUAAUAAUUUUGACGACCGGUCUGGCCUAGUGGGUAGUGACCCUGCCUGUGAAGCCGAUGGUCCUGGGUUCGAAUCCCGGUAAGGGCAUUUAUUUGUGUGAUGAGCACAGAUAUUUGUUCCUGAGUCUUGGGUGUUUUCUAUGUAUUUAUGUAUUUGUAUAUUAUAUAUAUCGUUGUCUAAGUACCCACAACACAAGCCUUCUUGAGCUUACUGUGGGACUUAGUCAAUCUGUGUAAGAAUGUCCUAUAAUAUUUAUUUAUUUAUUAUUUAUUAUUAUUAUGAGAAGACCGCAUGAAAAUCCGUUCAGUGGUUUUUGAGAUUAUCGAACGUACAGACAGAUAGAUGCAGCGGGGGACUUUUUUAAUAAAAUAUAGUGAUUUUCUAUAGCCGCCCUGAGACAUACGAAAAGGUCUUCCAUCCAUGUAUUUUGAUUUUUUACUUUGACAUAUCAAAAUUUAUCUUUAUUGCAAGUAUUGGUUUAUUUGCUGCUACAAGUUACAGUUAUGGUUAAAUCUAUUGGCUAUUAUUAUAUUCAAAAUAACGAACUCUCUAAAUAAAGUGACGGUAAGUUUAGCCUUUUAUUCGGAAUUUAAGAGGAAUAUAAGUAAAAUAAGGUAAGAGUACCAAAAUAAAUUGUACGUUAUAUAAGUUUUAUUUUAACUUAGACUAAGAUAUUUGCUUAAGAUUAUUCUGUUGGCUAUGCAAAUUCAGGAAUAUUGUAAGUUUUGGGCUCAAAAAGUAAAUUUUUGGUAAGAAUUGUCUCUUAGAUUCAAGCGUAUUUUAAUUAAACUAUACAUUUCUUAGAGAGAACUUGCAUGAUCACAAAAUUAGGACUUCUAAUUCGUACGUAUUAGAAUUAUACCUACAUAUAGAUAAUAAUCAAAUGUAGCUAUAACAAAAUAUAUAUGAGUGGAUUAAUAUUUUAUUUCUAGGAAAAUUAUUACACUUGAAAAAAAGUUGAGAUUAAUUAAACAAUUUUUUGUAAUAAAUGUGCUGAAGAUCGAGCUCGAAAUACUUUAUUAAACUUUGACAAUAGUUUUGAUUUCUUAAUACUAAUAUAGAUGUACGUUUACGUACAUAAACAAUAUGUAAAAAACCUAUUUACUCUGAAAUUUCUUUUUUCGAGUUUUUUUUUAUUUGGCCGUAAGGCUGAAAAAAAUACAAUUUUGCGUCAAAUUACCAGCAUAUAAAAACCAUUGGUUUGUUUAUGUCAUGUUUGAUUUAUUCAAAAUGUUAAUUUGAGUUGUUAAACUUAAAGAAACAAUGUUUUGGGUUUAAAUAACUUGUAGAAAAAAUUGUGUGUGUGUGAGUAUGUGUGAUCGAUGACAAUACUAAUUUGUACGUUUUGUUUUAAAUUAAAACAACGUUUUAAAUUACAAAAUAACCAAGAAUUACGUAAACAAGGAUGCUGUAGCUAUAAAAAAUAUUAUUAAAAGCAUUACAAUCAGAGAUUCCUAGAUUCUUUCCAAAGUUAUUAUCAAAAACGGGGUAUUAUUCAUUAUGCCCUUGUAAUUUAGCUGUUAUUAUUAUUAUCAUAUUGCAUAUUGUACCAGUUAUAGUGUUAUUUAUUUUUUAAGAAUCGGGUGAUACCGGGUGGUGACGACUUUUGUAUAAAUAUAUUUAUAGGCUGCUCAGUUUUUUAUCCUCGCCAGUUUUUAUAUUUUUUUAAAUGUUGCCACCCAAAAAAAAACUAAGAAAAUUUUGAUAGAGAUUAAAUAUUAGAAAUGGCUGUUUAUGUGUUAAGGUGUUUUGUCUUUUUUACCGCUUGGAUUGUACUUUUUAUAUAGACAAUUUAGUGUGUGUAUUAUACAAUGUACAGUCAGCAUCAAAUAGAUAGUGACGCCCAAAGUGGCCAUUAUGGUAACAAAGGUGUGUUGUUACGAUAUAUUUGGCUACUUUGACCUUCAAUAGGUAUCUAUUUGAUGAUGACGGUACCAUCAGCCGUAAAGUGCAUGGCGAAUUUAUCAAUUAAUUCAAUUAUAAUUUCUCCAUGCAAUUUCGCAGCUCACUGUACAUAAGAUAUUCUCCAAAAAAUGUGAUGGUCACGAGAAUUUAUUAUUAGAGAUUUCAUUGAAAUUAAUUUGGUAUUUUCUUUUAUAUUACUACCUAUAUUAUGUCGGAUUUUAUAUAAUUAAGACAUAUCGUAUAUUCUUAUGGACCAGGACCUAACUUAGCGGAACGUAUUAUUUAUUUACAUGGAGAUAUUCCUACCAUUUGUAAAUUGUAAAUAAUAAAAAUUAGAUGUAAGUGACUUGAGGGAUAUUCAUGAGAAAUAAACGGGGUUU